AUCCAGAAACUAUAUCUGAACCUUGGGCAGUCGAUUGGCAGGAGGUUACUUUAGGGGUGGACCCUGGCCCUCAGGACUGUAGAAGACAGACGGACAACUCUGAAACACCGACCACAGGAUUACAGAGGACCGUUGCCUGUCACACCCACCACCAGACCCAGCCAGAUUACACCUUCAGAGACUUUUGCCUCCCUGACAGAGUGACCUGCCCUCCCAAGCAAGGUGUGAGGACCCUCAUCCUUCCUGUCUCCACACAUUCCCAUUCUUCUUCUCCUCUGCUGCCGCACCUCUCAGGGCAGAAUGGACCGGUCUGUGCAGGAGCUGUUUCUGAACUUCACAGUAGUCUUGAUCACUGUGCUGCUCAUGUGGAUCCUAGUCAAGACCUACCAGGCCUGAACC